AUGCGCCGGUAUAACAGCAAUAAGUCGGUAUCGGGCGUGAGCAGGUCAAAGUCCACCAAGUCGACCUGCUCGUUCCGUUCUGCCAUAGAGAGGCUGGAGCAUAUCGAUCCUGCCAUCGCCGACAGAGAUGCUCACCUCGCUGCUACUCUCUCUUUCUCCCGUUCUAGCCAGCCUCUUGCUCCUGGCACGGUUGCUUCUGCUUCUGUGUCUCGUCAUCCCCUUCAUCGGUCUCAAACCGAGUACUCGGGAGAUACCGAGAACUACUACGGAGCGGAGACAGCGGACGGCAAGUAUGAUGAGAACGGACUACGGCGUCAGAAGAGCGUACGGUUCGCCAAGCCUACUCAGAAACCAGAUGCCGGUGUUGUGCGCCGUCGAAGUGUUCUCGGCCGCGUCGAGAACCAGCAAAACAGCCCAAAUCAGUCCAAGGCGGGUACCGCUCCCUAUGUCAGCUCGUACACCGCAAGCUACAUCGAGUCUCUGCCGCCUGUAGAGGCGUAUAUACCUACAGAGGAGCGUUCGUCCGUUUCUUCCUCUCGCGGGAAGUUGCGCAAGUCAAGGUCCAUGUUUGCUCCCACUGCCCAGACGCCUGAUGCCGAAUACUAUUUCAGCAACUCACCUGAGCAAGAGAACCCAAGGCCUGCAUUGAGACGCAAGUCAUUGCAGAAUAUCAAAGACGCCAAGUCGCCCAAGAAGCAUCGGAGCCUGAGAGCCCCGAAGUCCAUGAGCUUCCUGAAAACCGGCACAAUGAAUACGCAGCCGGGUGUUCGAGCAAAUCACCACGCCAAGGGGAAGGAUGUGCGCGGUAAAUUCAGCAAGACUAGUGCCAACGACGAAGGCCAACUGCAUCUCAAGAGCCGGUCUUCUGGGAUAUUUUCCUCCAACAUGGAGGGCAUGCGCCACUCUAUGAGGAACGCAUCCACGAACACCCUGGUAGUGCCCAAACAGAGUGGCUCUCUCCGCAAAAAGGCGCGCAAAGUUUCCAACGGGCUUCGGACCAAGUUGAAGUCAUUCUUUCGUCGUAGCAAGGACGAUGAGAUGGAAGAAGACGAGGUUCCAACCACUUCCAACGAACAUGGAGGCCGGGGCGCCGAAGCUGGCGGAGACGCCGAAGACGACGACGCCUACAUGGAAAUCGGUGAUCCAGUGGCGGACGAAUGCUCCAUAUCACAAGUACCUUCACGUGUGCCUUCACUUCACAACGCCUCCUCAGCUCAACAACUUCGGUCUCGCCAAGGCAGCAUAGAAAGCAUCGACAGCGGAAGGAAGGUCUCGGACGACAAGUCGCGAGUUACCAGUUGGACAAAUUCAGAUACAUAUACCCUCAACAGCCAAGUUACCUGGAACGGAGAGAAGGAUAGGCAGCGACUUUCGGUGAUCAAAGAGAUUGGGCCCCAUGUUUCAUCCUCAUCCUUCCGUCGGCCUGCAUUGAACGGCACCAAUCCGUUCGAGUUCGAAGCGAUGUCUCCAGAAAAGAAGCUUGAACGAUCCGGCGCUGCCCCGGCAGUAGACAGCCAGAGAGUCUUUUCGGCAUUGAUGGGUCGGCUGAAUGAGGUAAAGGAGAAGGAGAAUCUGCGACGACAAGCCCUGAGACAGGCCAGUGUCGACGAUUUUGGGACGAUCAGAUGCGUACAGCCAGAGGACGACGUUUUCCAGGACAGUCGGCCAGAAAAAAUCCCUGAAACUGGCAUUCCUGAUACGGAGGACGAGAACGCAUCGACUACAGGAAGCGUGAUUCACCGCCCCCAGCGAUCUGAAUCCGGCAGCACGCUAUAUAAAGCGUACCCAGCACCUACCGCAGGUGAUGAGAAGGAGAAUGAGCCAACUGUGGCAUCGGAAUCGACUAAGGACGUUCCAACUGCUCCCAAGGCUUUGUCGACUCGAAGGUCCGCCUUUUUCGGGAGCCCUACGUGCCACCUAUUCCGCACCACAAGCCCAUAUCGUCGAGCCCUGCAAAAGUCGAUGCAGGAAACUUCUGAGGUCUCGACACAAAUUCGGUCGCCGACGCUGUCAACUCUGAACUUGGACCUGGUUAGCACAAGGCGCCAUCCAAGUCUUUCCGUCGAAGAUCCACGUGUCGCCUACUCGGAGAGCAUCUACUCGGACCAAUACCUCUCGCCGAAGGGCAAUCCUCCAGCAUUGGCUAAGAUCGUGACUGGUUCGCUUCGAUCACGGCGUCCAAGCAACAGCUCAUCGGGGAAACAUUCACGUCUGACAUACUCUAAGAGCUUCGACUCAAAUCUCCCGGUUGAGCGCGAUACGGACACGAACACCAUCUCCAGCAAACGUCAUGAGAGAUCCGGCUCUUACAAUGCGCCGCGAGCCCCGUUGGUAUACACACCGACCAUGCCAACAGAUCACACGCGAACAGCCUCGUAUGCAAGCUCUGUGGAGUGGAAGACGUACUUAUCCGCCAACAUAUCCAAGGCUGAUUUGCACGCACCGGCUGCCGCCAAAGGGUUGAGCGAGGUUCGAUACGCAAAACCAAGCAUGCCAAGAACGGGACACGUGCGUGAGGGAGCACAAAUCGACGAUGAUUCUCCCAUAUCCUACAAACCAACUGGUCUCGAGAGACCCAUCAGGUACCACACACCACUGCGCACUACGAGUCACAACCGCCAGUUCUCGUCUGCAAGCCGUGCUGAAGGCGGAGCUCAAGCGAAGCUUUCAACUUCUAGCAGAGAUGAGAAUACGGUUCCCUAUUCCGAUGGUCGGGUAUCGAGUCGCGUCCGCGGGAUGUACGGACCUCCUCCGAUUCCACCAAGGAGUUCGCUGAGAACCGUGCCUUCGAUGCCUUUGCUUCAGACGCGAAUGUCACAGAGCAACAUUCCCAUCAAGUCGCCGAAGCGAAAGAUGCGCAGCGUGGACAACAUGGCUGAGGUCAAGCCAGUCGAGAACCAGCAAAAGCCGAAGACACGGUCGCCUAUGAAGUUGGUCAGACGGGCUGGUCUGCGUAACGGUAUCAAGCCAUCGCUCUCCAGUCCAGGGCUCGCCAUGACUGUGGAGCGCCAGUUUGGCCCCAUGCUCCUCAGCGACCAGAUAGGAAGGGGUUCGCCUGAGGAGAAAUGGCAAAAUAGGAGCGAUCGCCGUCUCUUAGAUCCCAGCGACAGUGCAGACUAUUCAGACACCACCAGCUCCGAAGACUGGAGGGCUCAGAAGCUUGGCAGUCAGCAGAUGGUUGAUAAUUUUCUCAGUGGCAAGCGUAGAUUGCAUGGCAGGAGCGAAGAAUCGAGAGUGUUCUUGUGA